GCUUAAGUCAAGUUUAAUAGGAAUUGUUUCAAUAAGUCGCCCCUGAGACGAGAAAAGCCCGUUCAGCGUGCGUUUCGCAGCCGGUUGUACUGAUCCGACCUUUCUUCGCCCGCCUCCGGUACAACACGGUCUAUAUCAAAUUAUCUCAACUGCUGAUAAACCACGGUCUGAUUGACACACGACAAACAAUUUGCUUUGGACGCCGUGAAAAUGAGUCUGCUCCUACUCUUAUAUUUGUGGGUCUCGGCUAAUUGCCAAGAUGGGCCUCCAGACAUACAAACUUUAGUCCAAAAGCCUUUCAUUUCGAUAAGGAUUUUGAAAAACGAAAUCACAACUUGGCAAGCAUCAGCUUUGGCCGUGGAGAAAUAUCUCGAUUACGAUUUUGACUUUACCGUCACAAACAUCGUUCAAGGACUCGUGGAUUUGCAGAUUUCCACAAACGUGACGACCAAAAUUCAACCAACAAUGAAGCAAAAUCGAAACGUUUUUAGUGACAGAGUAGCCCAUUUUGAAAAACUCCUAGAUCGGGAGCGCAUAGCACUUGACGAUUUGGAUUUAGUCCUCUUUUACCCAACGAUAGACUCUCUUCCUUUGGAACAAGAGGCGUUAAAAUUAACUCAGCAACCUUUAUCAGAUGCUUACAACACUUUAAAACAAGCCGAGGCGGCAGUUCUGCUGAAAUUUUUAAUUGAAGUGAAAAAAGCUCUGCUCGAUCAAGUUGGACCACUCGCUGACAAAUUGAGAGCUGAUGUAACAGAAGUGGAAACAAAAGUUCAGCAGUUUAAUGUUAUUAUGGAGGCUGCCCAAGUCAGUCACGACGUGGCCCAAACUAACAUGGAACUGGUUUUGAAUGAGAUUUUGAUACAGUUAAGAAAUAAAAAACCGUAGUUUAAAUAAUAUAAAAUUAAUCUCUUUUAAUUUUUCUACGAGUGAAUUUAAAAGUCUUCAAAUAAUAUUGUUUGAAGAUAUUAUUGCUCAAGUUACUUUUAUUUAUUUUUAAUAUUAAUAUGAAAGUAAGAAAUUGAUCGACUCUAACUUUCCAAAGGGCAAAUUAGUGUUAGUAAAAGUCGUUGGAUUAAAUUGUUUGAACUUAUUGAAACAAAUAAUUAUGCAGCAUGGCGCAGCAUUAAAUCACCACACUCGUACUUAAAUUCAGAGAAACCAUCUAGGUUAGCGCAAGCUGAAGACAAAUAAAAAUGCUCGAUAAGAUUACAGAGCAACAUAAAUAAUUACGUCUCCAUUCUAAAAAUCAGAUCAUUUCCGGGUGGACAACACAACAAUGCGCACCAUUCUAUUCGUCACGUUGCUUGCGACAGCAUUUUGUGCAGUUCUGAAGCCAGAAAAUGUUAAAAAAAUUGAUUUGCAAACGCCUGAGGUUGCGGCGGCGCAGGUGGCGAUCGCAGACUGGAUGAGAGAAAUUUUCGGCCAACGAGCUGAACACUUUCAAAUGCAUUAUCUAAUUCUUGUGGACAUUUUGAACAAAGCUUCGGUGAUUAGAAAAAAACUCGUCCAAUUAGAUGUGUCAAACGAAACGAUCUCGGACAUAGUUUCGGAGGGGUUCAUUCACUUCAACGUGUUCCAAAGCGCCUCUUACUCAUAUCUUAACGGUCUAGACAUGCUUGUCCCAAUAAUGAUCACAGCGACCGACAAAUUGAGUGCCCUCGACGAAACCCUGAUCGAGACAUGGAAACUCCUAGUUGAAUACUACAAAUUAAAUAAUGAUGAAUUUGAUGUGGUGCAAAGCGCUGUAAAUACGAUGAUGAUCGAAAUGGAGAAAAUAAUUUUGGAAGCCAUGGUUGGACUGAGUGGCGAGACUGUCGUAGAAAUUCGCUUAAAAAUGAAUGAAAUUAAGGGAAUGAUCAACACAAGACAGGACCAGAUGAAUAUGGUUUACAGAGGUUACGCGUGGACUGCCAGUCAAGCUUUGGACGCCAUAAAAAUAGUCGCAGAUGAGCUUUUGGGACAAAGUGAUUGUUUUGUACUCAAUUGAUUUCUAAUAAAAAUAAAUGUUAAAAG